GGGUCACUGAACGUACGUGGCCAGUUUUGCACUACAUUAUUUUGACUUGUAUGUUUGUAAAUAUUCGUUUUCAAAGUCAGCACUGCUGCAAUAAUAGCAGCCUGAAAUAUUGAUUUUACAAAAAAAAGGGAAGAAAUACGUUGAACGAUAGAGGUCGACAGCAUUUUCUGACGGACGAGCAUUGCCAGUUUUUAGAAUUUAUAUCUAGGUCAAAUAAUAAUUAACUUUAAAUGGCUGAUGUAGGAUCACUUCAAGAGCAAGCUUUGAAGCGAAAGGAACGAUUGAAAAAUCUUCGUAAAAAACAGACUCAGGUUGAAGAUAAUGAAGACAGUCUCAAGAGGAAAGCAGAUGACUCUGGUGAAGAUGAAAUAAAGAAACCUGCCUUUAAAAACUAUAAGCCUGAAGAUGAGAGCUUGCAGGAGCAUUUAGUUCCCCAAACAGAAGUGCCAAAAGUUGAGGAGCAGGUACAGGACCAACUAAAAGCUGCAGUGGCUGAACCAGUUGUAGAAGAAGUGGACAUUACAAAUCUUGCACCAAGGAAACCUGACUGGGAUCUGAAGAGAGAUGUGGCAAAGAAACUUGAAAAGUUAGAAAGGAGAACGCAAAGAGCUAUUGCAGAACUGAUAAGAGAGAGGUUACAGAACUCUGAAGAGAAUGACAUUGUAUCAGCCCUAACAGCACAUUCAGAAGUCAGUGAAAAGGAGAGAGCAACCUAUGACUCUGAUUCAGAUUAGUACAUUUUGAAUCAAAUUUUGCAUAACUUAACUCUGAUGAUAAAAACUUUAUAUCAGCUAUUACGGCACAUUCAGAGACCAGUUGAAAGGAGAUGGCUAUCCCAUACUCUGAAUGAAAUUCCACCUGCAAGGAAGAUUUUAUCAAUGUUCCAAACUGAUUAAUCUGAUCUGUAAGCAUCGGAGAAGUUAGCAAUGGAACUUCCUACACAUACACCUCUCUCAUGAAAUCUUGAUAUAGAAGGUCCACUGAAGCUACAGCCACCCCUUUUCUAUAUCAAUUUCAGUCCUCUGCAUCUUUCAGUGAUUUUGCAAACUUCGUUCCUGUCCACUCAUUUAUGUUAUGUUCCCAUCUCUUGGGUUGUCUACACUAUUUGCGACUCCCACUUAUGGUUCCUUUAAAAAAGGCCACCUGAUAUGGAAAUAUGACCAUACCACCUUAGUUUAUGGAACUUGGAGCUUCAAGAAUGACCAAAUCAGAUGGCAAUACUUAUGUUUGUGAAUGAAUCCUUCCUUGAUACAUUUCUUUGAGGAAUAUAGAUUUUUGAAAAUGGCAAUCAGUAUGUUCUGUGUGAUUGGAGCAUGUGGAAACGGAGUUACCCUAUUUCAAAUACCACAAUAUCUGGAAUGAAAUUGAAAGGCAUAACAGUAAUGGUCAUAAGUGAGUUUUGUACUCAAGUGUAGCAGAUUAGCAACCAUCCAAAUGUUUUGUUUUAACAGAUAAGAUAGAAAUGCAUGUUCCAUUACGGGAUGGGUGCCCCAUAACUUGAUGGAAAACAGUAUGGGAACAUUUAAUUUAGUACUCUCCACAAUCUAGAUAUCUGACUUUUUACAUGUGGUUUGGUGUUAUCAUUAAUGUUUGACACUUGAAUGAUGCUCCAUGACGUACUUGUUGUCAGGAUGCAAAGUCCAGCUGUGACUUGAAGGGCCCUUGAUUGUGAAUACCAUUCACAACACCAAGGAAACGGCAUAUGUUCUCUUCAAGCAAUCAUGUGAUAUGUUAACAUAUUAGAACAUGUUGUACAGUGUAUGUGACUAUCAAACACAGUCUUUAAGUAUUUAUGAUUUCUGCAUAAAACCUAAUUUAUAGCAAUCAUAUUAUCUUAAAAUGUGACUAUGAUAUUACCCAGGGGAUGGGGGUCUUAUUAAUUGCUCUACAUCAGUUACUCAAUUACUUUUUUAAUUACAAUUACAUAAUUGUAGAAAUGUUCAAUUACAAUUACUUUUCAAUUAAAUUAAAUUUUUUCGAUUGCAAUUACCAAUUACUUUUGUCAGUUACAAUUUCAAUCACUUUCUAUACAAGUCAUAAAUGAAAUCACUUUGUAUUGUGUAUGUAUUAGCACCACCUAUUUCAACAUUAUUCUAAUUUACAAAGAAACUGACACGAUGAAGGUUUUUGUUAAAGAGCACAGAUUCUGCUUAUUACAUUAAAUUAGAUCAUAAAUUAAGUAGUAAGUUUAUUGUAAAGUAAUCAACAGUAAUUGAAUUACAUUUUUUUCAACUACAGUCACUUUCCCUUUCAAAAUUUCAAAUACAAUUGCAAUUACUCAAAAAAUGUGAUUAAUUAUGUUAUUGAUUAAUUACCUUGUAAUUGAGCCCGACCCUGCUCUAUGUCUUUCCGAAACAUAUAAAAGUAUUUUCCAAAGUCAACUAAAGUGUUUGUCAAACUCAUCAGCAAUAAGAAAGUAUUCAUUGCAGGGUAUCGAAAAUGCAAGUGCUUUCCAGAAAGUCAGUUUUUAAUGUACUUUGCAGUGUGUUCAAUUAUUGCAGUUCGCUUUUAUAAGGUUUUCACUGGUUUCACAACUCACUUUUGAACUUUAGAAUAUUAGGUCAAACAGAUAAUGUUCCAAGAUAUCUGACUAGGGCAGAUUUACCUGUAGGCCAUGUCAGUUGUAAUGAUUAUAAAAAAUCAUAAAUGAAUGUUAAAAAAAAGCAAUUAAUUUGAGUGGGAGUACUUUGUACGAACUGCCAAUUUCAUUGUACCUUCUUUAGUUUUGGGUAAAUCUAUUAAUGACACUUUGGACAAAAAUUAUCAAUGAUCACCCAAGCAUCUUUUGUGGUCAUCUGAUAAAUGAGGCUUAAAAUAAUCUCUUUUGUAUUUUGAAAUAUAAGACUAAAUGAAAGUGUUCCAAUAUUUUAACUGUAUUCAAAUUCUUGAUUGAUUUCUAUAUUGAUAUUCCUGGUGAUCCUCUUCUUCAUUUAAAGCUAUCACUUCAUGUCUCCCACACUCUUCUCUGAUCAACCUCAUUAAGUGGUUAAUAGGCUGUUGUGUAAUUAAGUAGUGACCCAGAUCAGUCUAAGGAGCAGAUACGUUCGCAUCCAAUUAAAAUUCCCUAGUGAUGGAAACCUCAUAUCAGACCUGGUCAUUAAUGAUUAAAAAAUUCCUGCACGGUUCAUUUAUCAAGUGCCUUGGAGGUGUGCAAGUCCAAGAUCAUGUGAUAUCCCACACAUAAAUAUAUUGUGGUAGAGUUUUUAACACACAGGCCAUUUUACAUAAUGGGUAAUUCCAUGAAAUUAUUAACCGUUUUGUACUUCCGACCCAGAUUUUUCUCAAAUCUUACUUCACUUCACUUCAUAAACUGAUCAAGUCAUGGUCCUUUGAGAACACUACAGACAAUCAAAAGAACAAGAAAUAAAAGACAGAAUUCAUGAAAGUCCCACAUAUAAGGGGUCAGACGUACAUAUUUUAUGGAAUUGCCCAAAUAUGAACAGAUAAAAUUGAUUUAUGUUAAAUACCUAGAUUUAAGAUAUUUCAUUCAACCAAACUAGUCAUUGAUAAUUGUAUCUCAUCAUUUAGAAUAAAAAUUGAGUGUGGAGAGGACUUCACGCCAUUGGUCUUUUGGUUGCUUGCUUACGACCAUUUAUGCUUUCUUAGCGCUUAGGUUAAAAAGCACUGCCAUUUCCAUGAUAUUGCAAUGUACGAUAAAUGAAUCAUACAUAAUAUACCAUUCUAAAUCUAAUGGGUACAGUUAUUUUUGCAUGUAAAUGAGUAGUUUGUAUAAAAGUGAUACUUAACAAAUGAAUAUUUGGCUAAACAAUGAAAGUGUAUUGCCAUUUGUAGACUCAUGUCAACUGUUGAUUUUAUUAAAUAGCCAGGUAUGAUUGUUCUAAUAUAUUCUCACAUCACAUAAAAGUUGCAUUUUUACAGAAACCUAAUCAUCUAGUGGUAAUUCUCAUAGAGUCCUUGAUUGUCUGUUUAGUUAUGAAUUAUUGCCUUUGGAUGACAAAGGUACCAUAAUAAUAAUAUUGUAGUGUUAAAGGAAUGAAGUUGCUUGGGAUUUCUCAAAACUCAGCUGGUUUAUGUAUGUGUGUUUCGCUGAUGAAUAAAUGUACAUAUUUUUAUGCUGA